AUGGCAACAACUCCUCCCGAGUCGGAGCUAUCACAGUCCCAGACUCCAGUCAUGGACUCGUCCGCGGCACGGGAGAAGCCCGCCCCCUUGGAUAUGGAGGAUCCCGAGCCGGGACAAGACCAUGCCGUGGUCGGCAAGCCGUGGAUGUACAAGCCGCUUUUCAAAAUCGGAAAUUGGGAAGCCCCCUGGUUCGCCUCGCCGGAUAUGCAGCUCUAUCUCGUGUCCUUUGUGUGUUUCCUCUGCCCGGGCAUGUAUAACGCCGUGACUGGCCUCGGUGGUGGUGGCCAAGUGAACCCGACCGAUGUGAACAACGCCAACACGGCCCUGUACAGCACGUUUGCCGUGGUGGGAUUCUUCGCGGGUUCGAUUGCCAAUCGUAUUGGUCUACGGAUUACGCUGUCUCUCGGUGGAUUUGGUUAUUUCUUGUAUACCGCUGCUCUGCUUUCGUAUAACAUCAACCAGAAUGCGGGCUUUUUGAUCUUCGCCGGAGCCUUGCUGGGUGUCUGUGCGGGUCUUUUGUGGUGUGCGCAGGGUGCGGUGAUGAUGAGUUACCCUCAUGAACACGAGAAGGGCAAGUAUAUCGCCAUCUUCUGGGUGAUUUUCAACCUGGGCGGUGUCAUUGGCAGUUUGGUCCCUCUUGGCCAGAACAUCCACAGCACGGCAGGCAAUGUCAACAACGGCACUUAUAUCGCCUUCCUGGUCAUGAUGGCCGUGGGCUUCGUACUGUGCUGGGGUCUCGUCGAUUCCAAGUACAUCAAGCGUAAUGACGGAUCUCGCGUGAUCGUGAUCAAGAAUCCAACCUGGAAGUCCGAGUUUCUGGGACUGUGGGAGACUCUCCGAAGUGACUCGUAUAUCGUCUUCAUGUUUCCCAUGUUCCUGGCCAGCAACUGGUUCUACGGCUAUCACUUCAACGCUGUCAAUCUGGCCUAUUUCACCGUCCGUACCCGCGCUCUGAACAGUCUUCUCUAUUGGCUGAUGCAGAUGGUGGGUGCCUUUGUUUUCGGCCAGCUCCUGGAUAUGAAGUGGUUCUCGCGCCCGACCCGCGCCAAGAUCAACUUUGGUAUCCUCAUCGCUAUUACAUUGGGCAUCUGGGGUGGUGGUUAUGUCUUCCAGAAGGGAUACACCCGGGAAACUGUCAAGGCCGACACGGAUUUCAUGGACAGCGACUACAUCGGUCCUAUGUUCUUGUACAUGUUCUAUGGUUUCUACGAUGCUGCUUUCCAGACCUGCACCUACUGGUACAUGGGCUCUCUCUCCAACAACGCACGCAAACUGGCCAACUUUGCCGGUUUCUACAAGGGCAUUCAGUCUGCCGGUGCUGCGGGAAUGUGGCGCAUGGACGCUCAAAAGACUCCAUUUAUGACUGAGUUCGCAUCCUGCUGGGGUCUCCUCAUGGGCAGUAUGGUCAUCGCCACACCCGUGAUCUUCUUCAAGGUCAAGGAAAGCACCGAUGUCGAAGAGGACCUUCGCUUCUCGGACGAGACUACCGCCGAAGUCCUAGGCGACAUGGAGGAGGCGCCCGAAAAGCCGCACGCCGAACAACAGGACACAAGCAGCAAGGCGUAG